AUUUCCACUAUAUAAACACUUCUCCAUCCGCUCCACCAACCAUCUCAGAUCGAAUUGGAAUCAUCCAUCACGCAAACCAGAUCAGUUUCGAUUCACUAUUCCCUCUUGAUUUGAAGAGCUCAAUGGCUUCUUCAAUGGCUAUCAGGAGAGCUGCCGCCGCCACUUCUUCUCUCUUCAACAGGCUCGUCGGCCCUGCCCGCCAGGCCGCCGCCGCCCCUUCCGUUUUCCGAUCGUUCAACACCAACGCUCAGAUGAAGGCCUACGAGGACGACGACCGCUCUGUUGACGUUCGCCGCCGCGAGGCUUCUUCCCCUGGCUACGUUUCAGAUUCGUUUGAUCCGUUGUCGCCGCCGAGGAGCGUGAGCCAGCUGCUGAACAUGAUGGACCAAUUGAUGGACAAUCCUCUGGCGGCGUCGUUCGGCGGAUUCCCUGCCGCCGCCGCGGCGGCGCCGAGGAGGGGAUGGGACGUGAAGGAGGACGACAAUGCGCUGUACAUCAACAUGGACAUGCCGGGGCUGGGGAAGGGCGACGUGAAGGUGUGGGUGGAGGAGAACACGCUGAUGAUCAAAGGCGAGGAGGCCGGGAAGGAGGCGAAGGAGGACGGGGAGGAGUACGCGCGGAGGAGGUAUUCGACGAGGCUCGACAUUCCGGCGAACCUGUACAAGCUGGACGCCAUUAAAGCGGAGAUGAAGAACGGAGUGCUGAAGGUGGCCGUUCCCAAGGUGAAGCAGGAGGAGAGGAAGGAUGUCUUCCAGGUCAACGUUGACUGAAUGAAUGGUUUUGAAUGUUUUUUUUUUUUUGGGUUUUUGGAAUUAGGGGUGAGAUGAGUGCCUAGUGGUUUUGGUUCUGCAAAUAAAAGUGGAUUUCUGAAAUGAAGGUUUGAAAUGUUC